GUCGGCUUCUGGCUCUGCCGUCAAGUCCAUAAGCAUCUCCCGAGCUCUGCUGUGGACCUUCCCCCGCUCCGCCGAGAGCGAUCAUGGGCGAUGGGGUGGUGUAUCCUUCUGUCUUCGUGGUGGACGGCCAGCAGCACGGGGUCCCCUUUGUCCCGCCCAUAAGGAGGAAGCGGCGGGUCUGCUGGCACAGCCAGGGCUUCCUGGCCUCUCUGGUCAUCCUAGCCCUGGCCGGGGUGGCCACGGAAGGCUAUUUCCUGAUCCGCUUCCAGAAAGAGCUGGAGAAGACAACGUCCCAGGUUGGGGAGGAAGCAGGGGCCAUCUCCGAGAAGUCCAUUCAAGACAGGAAACUUCACGCUGAGAAGCCAGCAGCUCAUGUCUUAGGUGCGGCCUUCACCACCUCUGGGAACGGCUCUCUGCAGUGGGAACACAGUAAGGACUGGGCUUUCCUGCAUGAUGUGGGUUACCAGGGCGGCUCCCUGGUCUGCAUCAAGCCUGGCUUCUAUUACAUCUACUCCAAGAUCCAUCUCAUGGCACAGAGUUGCUCUCAGCAGGGCCAGAAUUCUGUCAUCUAUCAUGGCAUCUAUAAGAAGACCCCCAGGUAUGUCGAGGAGAUGAAACUUAUGGAGAACCUGAUCCUUUACUGCGAUGGGAAGGACAGCGAGUUCUGGCGGCAAAACAGCUUCCUUGGAGGAAUCUUCCACCUGGAAGAGGAGGAGCAGAUUUACGUCAAGGUGUCGCAGAGACAGGUGCUACAGAUCAGAGAUGGCACCAGGUCUUAUUUUGGCACCUUCAUGAUCUGAGCAGGCCCUUCCCGGAGCCACAACUGAUGGCUUUUGGAUUGAGGCCUUGUGCUUUUUAAUCCGCCACUGAUGUGGUUUUCCUACGUCACUCUGACCCAGCACCCCCUAAAAUAUUGUUGCACCUUGCCAGUCUAAUAUGCUCCCCAGGCUGGAUCCAGCUCAUCAUGUUAACUUCCGAGGCUGGUCACAGAGCUCGGAAGAGGAAGGGUGGGCUUCCAGUUGAGGCGUUGUACUAGGGAUCAGGACACUGGGAGCCAAGUCCUCGCUCUGCUACUGACUUGCUGUGCGACCUCAGUCCAGACACUUUUUCUCUGUAUGGCUUGCUUUCCCCGUCUGAGCAUAAACAUGCCACCUCACGAGGGUAUCCCGAAGCUUAAGCUGCAUGGAGUGCUUUGGACAGAAGAUACUCUGAUAGGCAGUGGUUAGGUCCGCGGGAGGUCACUGAACUGGGAGUCAGGACUCCUGGGUUCUAUCCCCAGCUAUGCUACCCACCUGUUGUGAAACCACGAGCAAGUCAUCUUGCCUCUCUGUGCCUCCAUUUCCCUAGCUGCAAAACAGGGACGAUGGUUCUCCCUUUCCCUUGUGUUAUAGGUCAUACUGCUGUCCCCCGACUAGCUGGCCACUGUCCCUCUGUCAGGUCCGGCGGGUUUUCAAAUAGCUUUGAAAGCCGAGAUGAGCUUUGAAAGUGGAGAGGCAAAGAAACUGGGUACCACAAGGGACAUUUCGCCUCAAGGUCGCCAAGGCCGGCCGACCCUCAGCUGCUGUAUGUCAGUAUAACUUCAAUCUUUAUAACUUUAAUCUAUAACUUCAAACUCAACUUCAAUCAUUCCAUGCUUGUUUACGCCAGCUGCCAGGGUGUUGGUGGGAGGAAAGUGUAUUUAAUUGGCUUGCAGUUCUGCUUAGCAACUGAUGGUGCUUGAUGGGGUCAAAUCCUGCAGUUCCCUUUGCUCAUGGGGAAGGCCCUGAUCCUGAUCCGGGCACGUCCCUUUGAGGGUCUGGCCCGAGGAGUCUUCCCCAAGAAGAGCUGCAGAGAGCCAUCCUGUCAGCUGGUGCAAAUCGGCGUCGCUGCCAUGGAGCAAUGCCAGCUUACACCUGCUGAGGAUUGGGCCCUUACUAUUUAGCCCUGUGUCUCCGACCUUGGCAAGAACGGGCCUGGUUCUCCUCUCACUCGCUGCGGUGUUAAUCCGGAGGAACUUUGCAGAAGCGAUACUGAUGUAAGACUCACCCAAGGGGAGAAUCCUGCGGGAACGGGCCCAGAACUCCGGCCGGGAGACCUGAGCGUCGAUCCACUGGAGUCCGUGAGGCGAAGCUGAUUUCCGGCCACUGGGGCUGUGACCCGGCUCCCCCCAUUCCCUGCUCUGCGCUACGUGCCGUGAACGUGCCGUGUGUGCGCCUAUUUAUUUUACAAUGAGUAUUCCCUGAUAUUCAGGGAGCAGCUGUAUCUAAUGGUUAUUUAUCCAUUACCCCAGGGCCACUGGGUAUGUUUGGGGGGGGGGCAGAAUUUUGAUUUUUAUUUUGUUUAUAAUUUGAUGGAUGAUAUUGGUGUUUGUUUUAGGCAUUUGUAAAAAAAAAUAUAUUGAUUUAAAUGUUCACAGUUGUGCAAAAUUACAGGUAGC